AUGAAAAACUUGUACGGCCACGGUCACAAUGCCACCAAAACGGAUUGGUAUUCCAUUUGGGACCCUCCUAAUACAGCACCUCAACUUUUCUGGGAAUUGGACAAGAAGCACCAUAAUUUCCUUAGAGAGCGCCUGGCGAGUGCUUACUCAAUGUCUUCAGUCCACAAAUACGAGGUACAUAUUCAGGCCUGUCUCGAUUUCCUGGUCCGAAAGCUUAAGAAGUACGCCCAAAAUGGCGAGACCGUUGACAUGGCUAUAUGGACUAAUGCUUUUACAUUUGGUGUAGUUGGUGAACUCGGCUAUGGUUCCCAAUUUGGCCAUCUUGAGCAAGAAAAGGACGCUGGCAUAGCUGCUAAGAGUAACUCCAGUGGGGCAGGAGCAGACACAACCUCCAUUGGCAUGCGAACCUGCCUAUUUCACUUGGCAGCAAUUCCAGAAGUGCAGGCUAAGUUGAGAGAGGAAAUCGACACCUUUUACGAUGUAAAUGAUCUGAAAGCACCAAUGUCUUACCUGGAACCCCACAAGCUGCCCUAUCUACAAGCAGUCAUCAAGGAGGCCAUUCGACUACUACCGUCCAUCGUCUUUCAGCUCCUACGACACACGCCACCUGACUUUAAGGUUAGGGGUAUCAAGGUCCUUGUGAACACAACGAUUGGAAUCAGCCCUAUGGCUCAAAAUCGUGAUUGGGUUCAGAUGCAAACGAGUUCCGCCCGGGCCGAUGGCGAAAACGAAGACAAGACGAGAUACUUCGAUUGUAGUACGAUGACGUUUGGCGGUAGCGGACCGAUAAUGUGUAUCGGAAGUAAUAUUGCGCUAGUGGAGCUGCACAAGUUCGUGGCCCAGCCCGUGCACAACUUCGACUUUGAGCUUGUCAAUAAGAAUAUUCCUUGGAGAAUCAAGGCGUAUUGAUUCGCGUAUCAGAGCGAAGUUUUUAUGAAUAUAAGCCGAC